GGGGGGGGGGGGGGCCGGGCUCUGGAUAUAAACAUCCAAACCCACACCCACACCCUUACCCACGCUUCAGUCAUUAUCACUAAUGUUGUAGCCGAUUACGUUUAUAUCGCCGAGCAAAAUCAUGAUUUCACCCAUUGGAAAGCAGAUUAUGCAAGGAAAGCUCCGAUUGUACUUCGGAAUGGAGCCUAUUUCAUCGAUGAUGUAGAUCCAAUAUACGGAUGGAUGGAAAUUGAAAACAACGAUCAACUUGAAUCAUUCGAUGAAUCAAAUAUUGACUUAAUUCUUGAUAAAUAUCGAAAUCCACCACCACAAGGAAUAUUCGAAUAUUUAUUCACUUCAGACCGAAGAAAAGGUUCUACAUCAUCAAGCAACAAGAGUUGUAGUUAA